GCAGAGAGGAGACGUCAAAGGAACCGCUACCUGCCGCGUCCUGCCGCUUCCUGCCGCGUCCUGCCGCUACCUGCGUGUGAACGUUCCUGUGCCUGCCUCCAGGUGGCGAUGCAGUUCCUGGGCCGGCUGCUGGACAGCGUGUCCUCCGUGUCCGCGCUGUUCUCCAACCCGCACCGCGUCAGGGAGGCGCCGCUGGCCGACUACGGCGGGGCGGGCCGGGCCCCGCUGAAGGAGGAGGGGCGCUUGGUUCUGUACCGGAACACCCAGUCGUGGGACUGCCUGCUCAUGAGCCCCGACACGCCCACCCUCGCCCUGAGGCUGUUUCAGGUGGCGUCGGAGGAGGACGCCAUGAACUUGUUCCCCCAAUACGCCCUCAAGCUCCGCCCCUUCUACGAGACGCUUCCAUUGAAGGCCGAGACCACGCAGCCAAUCGUAGACUGCAUCCGCAACCACCAGGACUGGAGCUCCGCCCACAUCGCCGUGGAGACGGGCCUGAGAGAGUGUCUCAAACAUAACUAUGUCCAGAGUCAGAUCAACGCCCGCUCCGGCUCCGGCCAGACGCCGCUCCACUUGGCGUGCGAGCGCGGCGACUCGGCGUGCGUGAGGCAGCUGCUGGAGGAGAGCCAGGCCCGGACCGACAUCAGGGACCGCCACGGGGAGACGCCCAUGCACUGCGCCGCCAAGCAGGACACGCCCGCCGUCAUCCAGGUCAUGUGCUCGCGGUUGUGCUCGGGCGUGAACGAGCUGAACGACAACGGGGAGACGCCGCUCCACGUGGCGUGCCGCCUGGGGCGCGUGCAGUCCGUCAGAGCGCUGCUGGGGGGCGGGGCCAAGUGUGACGUCAUCGGCGGCACCGGCUACGCCAUCCACAGCGCCAUGAAGUACAGUGAGAAGGGCUGUGUGGAGGAGCUCCUCAAAGCAGACCCGGGUCAGCUCGGGGCCGAGGACUCUCUUUAUGGGGGAACUCCGCUCCACUGGUCCAAGACAGCCGAGAUGAGCCUCCUGCUGCUGCAGCGCGGCUGCGGGGUGAACCGCCUCAGUCGGACCGGGGAGAGCGCGCUGCACAUCCUGACCAGGAGGGGGCGCUUUGAGGCCGCCAUGGUGCUGCUCACCCACGGGGCCAACGCCAACCUCAAGGGCCGGGAUGGGAACACGGCGCUGCACCUCGCCAUGAAGAUGGACCACAUGGAGCUCAUCAAAGCUCUCAUCGUGUUCGGGGCCGACGUCGAGAUCCACAACGACCUGGGAGAGACGCCCGGACUCAUCGCCGCUCGCACCAGCAAAGGUCCCAAUAGAAAGGUCCUGCUGGACAUGCUGUGUAGUGUGGGGGUCCAACGCUGCCUCCCCCCCUCCAACAAGACCCCCCCGCCUGCAGGCAGCAGCAUCGGGUUCGAUGACUUCCUGUCUGCGGGGGCCGCAGUGAGCCGCGGGGCCACGAAGGUAGACGGCGCCGCCAUGGAGAACAGGAAGAGGGACCGCCUGCUGUGUCUGGAUGGGGGGGGCAUCAAAGGUCUGGUUCUGAUCCAGAUGCUGAUCGCCCUGGAGAGAGAGGCCGGCCGGCCCACCAGAGAGCUCUUUGACUGGGUGGCUGGAACCAGCACCGGGGGCAUCCUGGCCCUCGCCAUCGUCCACGGUAAGUCCAUGGAGUACCUGCUGUGCCUGUACUUCAGGAUGAAGGAGCAGGUGUUCAAGGGGUCGCGACCUUACGAGUCGGCGCCGCUGGAGGACUUCCUGAAGAAAGAGUUCGGAGAGAACACUAAGAUGACGGAUGUCCGUUACCCGAGGGUGAUGGUCACCAGCGUCCUGGCAGACAGACAUCCAGGCGAGCUGCACAUCUUCAGGAACUACGACCUCUCCGUCCACCGAGAGCCUCCGUACUCCACCACCGCCACCUUCAAGCCCCUCACCAUCCCACAAGAGCAGCUGGUGUGGCGAGCCGCCCGCUCCAGCGGCGCCGCCCCCACAUACUUCCGACCAAUGGGACGCUUCCUGGACGGAGGGCUGCUGGCCAACAACCCCACGCUGGACGCCAUGGCGGAGAUCCACCAGUACAACAAGGCGCUGGCAGCAGAGGGCCGGGGUCACCAGGUCAAGGCGCUGGGCGUCGUGGUCUCGCUCGGCACAGGUCGCCCCCCCCAGGUGGCGGUGAGCUCCGUGGACGUGUUCCGGCCCUCCAACCCGCUGGAGCUGGCCAAGAGCCUCGUGGGGGCCAAGGAGCUGGGCAAGAUGCUGGUGGACUGUGCUCCCUGCAGGCUGAGUCCCCAGCUGUCUCAGGAGGUGAUGCUGGACGAGGUGAGCGACGCGGUGCUGGUGGCCAUGCUGUGGGAGACGCAGCUGUACCUGUACGAGAAGAGGGGCCGCCUCCAGGCGCUGGCCCAGCUGCUGCUGGAGGACCAGGACUGAGACCACAACGACUCUUAUGUACCAUGCAGCAUCAUGUGACCUCUUGUUGGUUGAGCUUCCUGUUUGUCUGUGAACCAGAGAAGAAGAGGAGCUUCCUGUCUGGAGGGGGAGGAGCCGUCACACUAAAGGUAGGCCCUCAUUGGCUGUGAUGGAACUCCUCCUCCCUCCUCCUCUUGUCCUCUGUAGUACUUCUACACCGUCUUUACUCACUAUCAAUGUCACUUCAACUGAAGUUAUUUCCUCUGAUUUUUGUAUUAACCCCUGAAGUGUCGUGGUAAUAAACAUCUGAACAUGGA